AGAGAAACACAGUAUUGCUUCAGACGCGACGUAUCACGCGUUCAGCAUGGCCGUGUGAUCAACUCAAGCUCCGAAAAUUGCGAAGGUCAUAGCCGGAAAACAAAAACCGAACAGACGAACAGAUACAUUAUACGUAAAUUCAAACGCAAUACUUGUCAGUGUUUGUGACGAAUCAUGAAAGUGAAGGAUCAAUUCUUUAUAAUCUUCGUAAUUUCAUUGUUAUUACUCAUCGAAAACAGUGAAGCAGGAUGGAAGUUUUGGAAGAAAGAGGAAACCACUACUACUACGACUACGACUGCCACACCGAUUUCCAUAAGUGUGCAACCUACUGCGACCCCGACGAGGGUCACUACUGUCAGAGAACCGACGUCGUCAACCGUGAAUACCAGAGCCGCUGUGGCAGGUGCCGCUAAUCCGGGAUUAGCUAUUGGAGCAAGCACAACCGGGGAAAACGUACGAAACAGUGCACGACCCAGUCGACCUAAUCCAGGAACUGAAGUCGGUCAGGACAUUAGCCUUCCAAGGCCAAGCAGACCAGGAGUUGGUGGUGGAAGCGGUCAGGGUUAUCGGGAUUGGGCUGCAGGUCUCACCGGAGCCGGAGAACCAUCUCGAAACCAACCGUCGAGGAUAUCUACUCAGGAGCCACCGAUUAAUGGUGCUGAUCAAACACAGCCCAAGUUAUCCACAGAUAGGAGACCAGGUCCAGAAACAACAGGCCAGCUUGCGACUUCUAGACCCGCGAUUAAUUUACCAGAUUCUAGAUUUACAACACCGAGAAAUGUGCCAACGCAACCAUCAGUUACAGCAUCGAGGCCAACUUCCACGCAGCCCACUCAACCUCAUGUAACGCGUGCAUCUACCACAGUACCUUCCGAUGUAAUUGAUCGCAUUAGGUCAAGCACACCUUCUCCAAACUCAUCCGGGAAAACGUGGGCCGAUGUCGCUGCUGGUGGCAGUAGACCUUCCUCACCUACAGGCCUCCCGAGGCAACCUGAGUAUCCCCGACAACCGAUUCCAGACAACAGCCAACAUUGGGCUACUUCCGGAAGACCAACGCAGCCUAAUCAACCCAGUAAUCCUAGUAGUCGACCAGCAUCACCAGGAGACACAAUAGGUACUACUGCUGGUGCUGCUGCUACUGGUGCUGGAGCUGUUGCUGGCGUCACCCUUGGAGGAAACGCCGGCGGAGCUUCCAGAGGAACUGCUGCAUCAGAUUCGACUAGAACGACGUAUUCCAGCAAUCCAACAUACAGCAAAGGAAAUACAGUGACAGACGAGGAUCUGGAGAAGCUUUCUGAGGCACUUUAUAUUAAAGAAACGAACAAUGCGAACCGAUACGUAACGAUAAAUUUGCAAAAGCAGACUACCAGCGGCAGUCCGACAGAUCAAGCCCCGCAGCCGCUAUUGACAGUGAGUGCUGAAGCUCUCCAGAUUCCUACGAUCCAAAAAGUACUUUCCAUAUUCGACAAUUAUCAAUUAGACACUCACACAAACGAGUACAUUAGUCCUGCACAAAGACAAGAAGAAAGUCUUCUCAUAGAUACUUUUUUGAGUACAAACGUGAUGUCCGCUGCAAUGCGUUUUCUUGCUGAUAAAGGAUUCAUCAGAAAGGAUUAUUACGAAUACAAGGACAGGUUGAGACUGAUUUGGUUCAAUCUUUUCUCGCGUGGACAGGGCAAAAUUGGUAGCACCGGUUUUGAGCACGUAUUUAUGGCGGAGACAAAGCAAGUUGACUCGAAUACAGAGGUACUCGGAUUGCACAAUUGGAUAUACUUCAACGCAGAGGAGGCAAACAGGCACGCUGAUUAUUUGGGUUAUAUUAGAAAGGUUGAUUUAGGAAAUAAGGGAUCCAUCGUCAAGAUGCAUGCAAAAUUCAACGGUCAUGAUAAACCAGUCACGACUAUGUUCAUCGGAACCUCGCCCGAAUUAGAGAUGGCACUUUACACUGUCUGCUUUUACACGAGACCAGACGGGAAUUGUCCUGUGUCUCUGGGAAAUACCAAAUUCAAUAUAGUAACACGUAAAUUUAGGUACAGGGGGAAAGAUUUGGUUGGUACUGCAUAUCCAGAGAUUUAAAUUAAAUUAACAUUCCAUACAAAUAUAUUGUGCGGAUUUAUGCGCGUGAAGCAUGUAGAUUUAAUUUAGCAGUAUGUCGAUUUAAGUUUAUCUUUGUUUAUCUAUAGCAAAUAAAAUUCAAGUUGUUGUGAUUGCAUAUUUUGAAUAUUUUUGUAUAACUUUUAACUGCGAUUGCCUCGAAAAAAAGAUUGGUUUUAUUUUUUGGAAGAGAAUUUGUAUGUAUGGAGAAAUGCUGUUUCGGAAAUCAAAAUUCUAUCUGCAAUUUUAUAUGUCCCAUGUUUUAUUCUGAAAAUAAACUAUGUGUUUACUUUCAUUACAUACUACAUGACUAUAGAAAUAAUGUUAAAUGCAUUAUUUUUUAUGAAAAUUUAUAUGUGUACUAUAUAUGUAUAUUGUUGUAAGAAAAAUUCUUUAAAUCUUUGAUGUGUAUACAGAUGUAUCAAGAUUCAUGACAAAUUAAAUAUAAAUAUCAUUAAUUACCUA